AUGGCAUCACGAGGGGUACUAUCAAGAGCUAAUAGAAUCAAGUCUCGCUUACAAUCGGCACUGCAACCAACCAUAAUCGAAGUGGAAGACGUCUCUCACCAGCACGCCGGUCAUGCCGCUGUUAGGGAAACAGGGAAUAACGAAACUCAUUUCAAUGUCAAAGUUGUUUCAUCCAAAUUCGAUGGACAUAAUCUUGUUAAACGACAUCGUAUGGUGUAUGAUCUCUUGUCUGAUGAACUCCAAUCUGGUUUACAUGCUCUUUCUAUUGUCGCCAAGACACCUAAAGAACAUGGCCUGUAACUGAUGUCUGAGCCAGCUUUGGCGCAGCUUGACUCUUGACUAAGACAGAUGGAAAGAAACGUUUAGUGUUUUCAUUUGAGUUGAUUUUGUUGAGCUAAGUAAACAUUUGUAUGAUUGAUGGAAUAAUUCUUAAUGUGGAUCAGGACGGUUGAUUGUUGUCUCGCUUAUUCUUUUAUACUAUUGUCGUAUUUUGUUUGUUUGA